UCUAUAAAUACUUGGACAGAGCUAUUUGCAUUCUCAUCAUCUCUGCACAUCUCUGUCUUUUCCCCUCUCCGUCAUCUCACGUACUCCAUCAGAAACAUCUCCAUUUCAAUUGAACUGCUUCCACUUCGCCUCUCUCUGGCUACAUGGCUUCCGUCGUGGCGGGGUUUCACGCGCUCGCGUUGGUUCUCUUUGUAUCGGUUUCUGCAAUGGCAGCUCCCCCCCUAAAGGUGGGAUACUACCUCCGUACUUGCCCGUUGGCAGAAAAUAUCAUCAAGCAAACCGUGUUCAACGCUGUCUCGAGGAACCCUGGGAUGGCGGCCGGUCUUGUUCGCCUGCAUUUUCACGACUGCUUCGUUAGGGGCUGUGAUGCUUCAGUGCUCUUGAAAUCAACCCCAGGAAACCCGGCGGAAAGAGAUCACCCCGCUAACAACCCUAGCCUCCGAGGGUUUGAAAUCAUCGACCAGGCCAAGGCCCGGCUCGAAGCCUUGUGCCCUGGGACAGUCUCGUGUGCCGACAUCGUCGCCUUUGCUGCCCGUGACAGUGCCCAAUUUGCCAGCCGCAACAGUGCCCUAUUCACUGGGGGCAUAAUCUACGACGUCCCUGCUGGCCGCCGCGACGGCCGUGUCUCUCGCCUCCCGGAAGUCACACAGAACCUCCCGCCGCCGAGCUUCAACGCCCAGCAGCUCAUUGCCAACUUCGCUAGGAAAGGGCUCUCGGUGGAUGAGAUGGUGACCCUCUCGGGAGCGCACUCGAUCGGAAUCUCGCACUGCUCUUCGUUCUCGAGCCGCCUCUACGCGUUCAACGCCACCCACGCCCAAGAUCCUACCUUGGACCGUGCGUACGCCGCUUUCCUGAAGACCAAGUGCCCGCCACCGAGCAACAAGACCCAACCGGACCCAACCGUGCCGCUCGAUAGCAUCACAGCCAACACUCUGGACAACAAGUACUACAUUCAGUUGCUGCAGCGCCGCGGCUUGUUGACUUCCGACGAGACGCUGUACACGAGUCCCUCGACUUCGGGGCUGGUCGUGAACAACACGAGGAAUGGCUAUACUUGGAGCUGGAAGUUCGCCAAGGCAAUGGUGAAGAUGGGCUCGAUCGAAGUGCUCACUGGUAAUCAAGGAGAGAUCAGGAAGGUGUGCAGUGUCGUGAACUAAGGACGUGCCGGAGAGUUUUUGAUUUUUCUUUUGCAGGAUGGAGAUUGGGGAAAGUGAUCUAUUUCGUCCUUAAUAUUUAUUCUUUGCUUGACUUUAUUUGUUUCGACGUGUCCCUUUUAAUUGUUACGUUAUUUUCAAUUAUGAAGGUCUUGCAAAGUUUCAUUUUCGAAUGUAAGUCUUUCUUUAUUUGGCAAAGAUAUGAUUGAAAUUCUGGCCAUGCAUGUGUUCAUC